GACGUGUUACACACUCUUCAAUGUCACCUAUGUCCUCAGUGGGUGAAUCUUGAUUUAAGCAACGAAGAAAAAAGACAAGCAAAGAUGGACUUUUAUCAAAAAUAUGGAUUUCCUGGUGCGAUUUUAUGUGUAGACGGAACACACAUUAAAAUUGUUGCGCCAGCUAAGGACAAAUUCCUGUAUUUUAAUCGUAAAGGGUACUAUAGCAUCAAUGCUAUGAUUAUAUGCGAUAAUAAAAUGAGAAUUCGCUACGUGAAUGCGCAGUAUCCUGGCAGCAACCACGAUGUUCAUAUUUGGAACGAGACGCUGGAUAUGCUCUAG